UUGUGUUUGAGUUGAGACGGAGACAUAGGUUAGGUUGAUCAGUGCGCGUUGAGGAUUCGGCUUUCCUUAUUGGACAAUACUGUCGGUACUGUUGUUGUCCGCUGGUGGCACAAUUAUCUGCCUAACUACGGUCCUUUCUGUUGUGUGGAUUCACUUGUGAAGUGGUGUGAAGCUCCUCGCACCUCUUUAAGCGGGGAUGCCGAACUCUUUAUGACACUCGAGUUGCCUUUGCAUUACCGUCCGAUCGCUUUGACCAUUCAAACACAAGAUGCCGGAGAUCAAGAUAAUCCCGCUGGGCGCUGGGCAAGAUGUAGGAAGAAGUUGCAUCUUACUCAACAUCGGAGGGAAGAAGAUAAUGCUGGAUUGUGGAAUGCACAUGGGUUAUCAAGAUGAACGCAGAUUUCCUGACUUCUCAUUCAUUGCUCAAGAAGGUCCUAUCACGGGGUACAUUGAUGCAAUAAUAAUCUCCCAUUUUCAUCUUGAUCAUUGUGGAGCACUUCCUUAUUUGACAGAAAUGGUCGGCUACAACGGACCAAUCUACAUGACUCACCCAACGAAAGCUAUAGCUCCGAUUUUGCUUGAGGACAUGAGGAAAGUAUCUGUUGAACGGAAAGGGGAGAGCAACUUUUUUACCUCACAAAUGAUAAAAGACUGUAUGAAGAAAGUUAUUGCUGUUACGUUGCAUCAGUCAGUUAUGGUUGACAGUGACUUGGAAAUAAAAGCCUACUAUGCUGGACAUGUAUUAGGUGCUGCUAUGUUUUGGAUUAGAGUCGGCAAUCAGUCUGUAGUUUAUACAGGAGAUUACAACAUGACUCCUGAUCGUCACUUGGGAGCUGCAUGGAUUGACAAGUGUCGCCCAGAUGUCCUAAUAACCGAAUCUACCUAUGCAACCACUAUCAGAGAUUCCAAGCGAUGCAGAGAACGAGACUUCCUCAAGAAAGUUCAUGAAUGUGUGGAGAGAGGAGGAAAGGUCCUAAUUCCAGUAUUUGCUCUUGGGCGAGCUCAAGAAUUGUGUAUCCUAUUAGAGACUUACUGGGAAAGAAUGAAUCUGAAAGUUCCCAUAUAUUUUGCUGUAGGUCUAACUGAAAAGGCUAACAAUUACUAUAAGAUGUUCAUUACAUGGACAAAUCAAAAGAUAAGAAAAACAUUUGUACAGCGGAAUAUGUUUGACUUCAAGCAUAUCAAACCUUUUGACAAGACUUUUAUCGAUAAUCCUGGUGCUAUGGUUGUUUUUGCUACUCCUGGCAUGUUACAUGCUGGACUCUCUCUGCAGAUUUUUAAGAAAUGGGCCCCAAAUGAAAACAACAUGGUGAUAAUGCCUGGAUUUUGUGUACAAGGAACUGUGGGUCACAAAAUCUUAAAUGGUGCUAAAAAGGUAGAGAUAGAGAACCGACAAGUUGUGGAAGUUAAAAUGUCAGUGCAGUAUAUGUCUUUCUCUGCUCAUGCUGAUGCAAAGGGAAUUAUGCAGCUGAUACAGUACUGUGAACCUCGCAAUGUUUUGUUGGUUCAUGGAGAAGCUGCAAAAAUGGAGUUUUUGAAGGAGAAGAUUAAGCAAGAAUUUAAUUUGGACUGUUUUAUGCCAGCUAAUGGUGAAACAUGUGUCAUCCAAACACCGCACAGAAUUCCUAUAGAUGUUUCUCUUCCACUUUUGAAAGCCGAGUCAGUGAAAUACAAUGCCCUGCCUCCUGACCCCAAAAGACCUCGCAUUAUUCAUGGUGUUCUGGUCAUGAAGGAUAAGUCUACUUGUUUAAUGGAUGUAGAUGAGGCUUGUAAAGAGGCAGACAUUAGCAGACACAUGGUGCGUUUCACAUCAACUGUGAGACUGGAAGAUUUUGGGCCAGCUGGAAGAACAACUGACAAGCUGCUGCUUCAUGUCCAGGAGAAGCUUAAAGGCUGGAAUGUUGUAUAUCAAGAAGGAAAUAUUUCUAUUGAAUCAGUGCUUGUAAAGGUUGAAGGUGCAGAUGAUGAGACUAAAACUGUUUAUGUCUCAUGGACUAAUCAAGAUGAAGAGUUGGGAAGUUAUAUUCUUGAACUGAUCCAGACAAUGGGAAAUUAAGUUACCUUGAAACCAUUCCCAAGGCCUGAGUAAGUUUUGUAAUUGUUACAGAAGUGUGGUGUGAAGUGACACCUCAAUGUGACUGUGAUAGUGCUUCAACAGUGGAAUGAUUGUUUGAAAAUGAAAGAAGCUUUGUACCUUGAACCUUUUGCCCUUUAGUAGGCAGCUUUUGAACUGUCAUUCAACACUUUCUCUAAAUAUUUGUUUUGUUAAUAUUACUUGUACGCUGUAUUAUCUAGGGUUGGCAAUAAAGAUCAUUGUAAGAUUA